AUCCCUAGUCAAAAACUUUUAUUUAAAAUUUCUAUUUGGCUUUUUCAUUCACGUGUUUGUUUAUUUCAUAUAUUCUUGUUUUUGCUGUACAUAUAUCUAGAGAAGCGAUAAAUCUUGAUAUGUAAUGGAGUCCAAAUACACUUUGCCAAGCAAAUCUCCGCUGAAGUCUAUAGGGUCCGCAGUUCGAAAUGGGAUAAUUCCGCUUAAAAGAAAAUUUCAAGGUCCCGAAAAUAGUAAUGGAAAAAUGUUUAAGGCGAACGGGGUUAGUUUAGCAGGUGGAGCAAAUAACAAAACAAAUGGCCCACAGCACCCCAACCAACCCACUGCAAAGCAGAUAACAUCCAAAAUGCAAAUGGAACAACAGCGUCAGGCCUUGCCAGUGACCGGUUGCCGUAAGCGCUUGAUACAAGAAAUCUAUAAGUCGGACACGCUGCUGAUUAUGGGUGAGACUGGUUCGGGUAAAACUACACAGAUCCCACAAUUUCUCCUAGCAGCGGGACUUUGCAACAAAGGAAUGAUAGCGGUGACCCAACCACGUCGCGUCGCUGCAAUUACGGUUGCGAAACGUGUGGCCCAGGAACAACAUUCACAAUUGGGAGAAACAGUGGGCUACACAGUUCGUUUUGAAGACUGCACAUCCGCCAGGACUCGAAUACGUUUCAUGACAGAUGGGUUCCUGUUACGCGAAGCACUUGCAGAUCGCUUACUGAGAAACUAUGCAGUUAUCAUGUUGGACGAAGCUCAUGAACGUACUGUGAGUACAGAUGUCCUUUUUGGGAUUGUAAAGGAAGCCCAAAGACAACGACGAUUGCGUAGUCUACUUCCCCUGAAGGUUAUAGUGACAUCUGCCACUAUGGACAUUGAUCAUUUUGGUCGCUAUUUUGGAGUGAAGGGCAUGUACCUGGAAGGUCGUACGCACCCUGUCCGAGUCAUGCAUGCAAAGGAAAGUCAAUCGGAUUACUUGCAUGCCACUUUGGUCACACUAUUCGACAUUCAUCGAAAUACGCCAUCAAAUCACGAUGUAUUGAUUUUUUUGACUGGCCAGGAGGAAAUCGAGGCUAUGGCCCAACAGAUACGCCAGAUUGCCAAGACCAAUAUAAACAAUGUGGCCAGCGUGAGAGUUUUCCCUCUUUAUGCCCAACUUCCACAAAAUAAACAACUAGAAUGUUUCCUGCCAGCCCCCGCAAAUGCUAGAAAAAUCGUUUUGGCAACGAAUAUAGCGGAGACAUCUGUGACAAUACCUGGAGUUCGGUGUGUAAUUGACAGUGGAUUUGUGAAAAGGCGUAUUUACAGUCCCAGCACUGGAUUGGAUGUUCUUCGGGUUGUUCGAAUAUCACAGGCACAAUCCUGGCAGCGCUGCGGUCGCGCUGGUCGUGACGCUCCUGGAACUUGUUACCGAACAUACACACAGGAAGAAAUGAAUGCAUUCGAAAAGAUGCCUAAACCGGAAAUUCUGCGCAGUAAUAUCUGCUCUACAGUCCUUCAGUUAUUAGCUUUGGGUAUAGAUUGUAAAAGCUUUGAUUUUCUCGAUCGUCCCUCGCCCGAAGCUAUGGAAACUGCAUACCAAAAACUGGAAUCGUUGGGAGCAGUUCGAAAUGCCUCCACAGUGCCAGAAUUAACUCCAUUGGGAAGGCAAAUGGCUCAAUUCCCAUUAGAUCCUCAGUAUAGCAAACUUUUGUUGGCAGCACCUCAAUUUAGUUGCAUGGAAGAAAUGCUGAGUCUAGUUGCAGUUCUAUCGGGGGAUAAUGUCUUCGUGUCUAGUGUUGAAAAACGUGAGCAUGCCAAUUUAGCUCAUGCUAAAUUUCACUCCAAAUACGGCGACCAUUUAACUCUGCUGAAUGUCUUCAGUGCCUUCCAAAAGACUGAGAAAAUAAAGCUGUGGUGCCAUGAUAACUUUUUGAACACACGAAAUUUGUCCUAUGCACGAGACGUUCGUAAGCAACUGUUGGAGGUGGUUGAACGAUUGGCUUUGCAGAUUAAUAGUUGCGGCAAUAAUUACGACCAAGUUCGCAAAUGCCUUCUAGUUGGAUUGUUCGAUAAUAUUGCCGAAUUGCAGCGAGACAAUUUUUAUAUGACCAUUACAGGUCGUCAGCGUGCCAAAAUUCACCCAUCAAGUGUGUUCCAUGGAAAGUAUCGUCCCGAGUAUAUUAUAUUUUCCGAGAUUGUGUUAACCGAGAGGAACUUCCUACGACAAGUCACAGAAAUUUCACCCGAAUGGGUUGCAGAAGUUGUACCACAUUUCACCCAUCUAAACCGUAUUAAGCUUUCAUCAUAACUGCUUUAAAAUUUUUUUAUAUUCAUCUUUCUGGGUGGUGUUUGCAACACUAUCAACACAUUUUUUCUUAAGAUUUACUGCUAGUUAAUAAGUGGCUGUUUUGUUAACUCGUCGAUAUCAUCGUACAUUAGUAUUUAGACAAAUUUCUAGUGUUCUCUACAUUCAGGUUAUCGAAGUGUAAAUUAGAAUAAAAUAAAAAAUGAAUUUAAGGACACAAUUCAAAUUAAAAAAAAAAAAAAACGUAAAUCUAUGAAAUUAAAAAAUCA